AUGAAGCUGAACGAGCGGAGCCUGGCCUUUUAUGCCACCUGCGACUCCCCGGCUGACAACGCCGGCUUUCUCUACAAGCGUGGUGAGCGGCACACAGCGUACCAUCGCCGCUGGUUCGUGCUGAAGGGCAACAUGCUCUUCUACUUCGAGGAGCGGGAGAGCCGGGAGCCAGUGGGCGUCAUCGUGCUGGAGGGUUGCACCGUGGAGCUCUGCGAUUCAGCUGAGGAAUUCACCUUUGCCAUCCGCUUCGGCGGUGCCAAGUCUCGCACCUAUGUGCUGGCGGCUGAGAGCCAGGCUGCCAUGGAGUCGUGGGUGAAGUCGCGAGCCAGCUUCGACUACUUGCGCCUGGUGGUGCGGGAGCUGGAGAAGCAGCUGGAGGAGAUGCGUUGGGGGCCGGCCGGUGGAUGUGGAGGCUUCCGGCAGUCACCUGGCUCCUGGAAGCCAAAGCCCUCGGGGCCAGAGCGGUCCCCGGAGCGGCUGCCAGCUCUGCCCGCCGUCCUGCCGAAGGAGAACGGCUGUGCGGUGUGGAACAAUGUGCCAGGAGUGGACCGGUUGCCUGACGCCUCCGGCUGCGGCAGGCAUGAUGGUGAGGGGAACCCGCGGCCACCGCCGCUGCCACCACGCAGGUGGGCAUCGAGCAGCGAGGCAGGCAGUGCUGGGGCGGCUGCAGCGGAGAGCCCGUCCAUCUUCUGCCGGCUCCAUGAGCGGUAUGGCCAGGAGGUGGCCCGGCUGCGGCAGGACUGGCUGGACAGGCGGCGUGGCCCCCAGCUCUGA